CCGAGCCGUGCCGAGCCGAGGAAGGCUGCGACUGAAUGGAGAGCAGCUCCGCGCAGAUCCGCUCUCUGGAUUAUUCUUCUGGUUAACGCAGGACGUGUUUACCUGUCCGAACCGAACCACCUGCACUCACGCGGGCUGCAUGAGAGCAGCAGCAGCAGAAGAAGAAGAAGAAGAAGAAGAAAAAUCAGGAGGAGAGCAGCAGAAGAAGAAAGCAGCAGCUGCGCGUGGGACUGUGGAUUUAAAUCACUGAUUGGACUUUUCUGCGCGUCCCCGUGCAGCCAUGUUCCAGUGAAUCCGACUCUUCAUCAGACCUGCAUCCAGCUCUUCUCUCCUCCUCCUCCUCCUCCUCCCCUCCUCUCCUCCUCUGUCCCUCCAUCCUCUCCUCCUCCUCUUCCUCUUUCUGUCCAUCAUGCUCCUCUCCUCCUCUUCCUCACCUCUCCUCCUCCUCCUCUUCAUCUCCCUCCUCUCCUCCCCCCUCCUCUCUGCCCCGGCUGUUCCUCCUCCCCCCUCGGCGGUGGCCCGGGUGGUGUACCGGGCCUUCGACACCUCCCUGACCCACCUGACCGUCCACCGGAGGACAGGGGAGGUGUUCGUCGGCGCCGUCAACCGAGUGCUGAAGCUGUCGGCCAAUCUGACGGAGCUGAGGAGUCACAUGACCGGACCGGUGGAGGACAACGCCAAGUGUUACCCUCCACCCAGCGUCAGAGCCUGCGCUCACCGACUGGAGUCGUCAGAUAACGUGAAUAAGCUCUUACUGGUGGAUUAUACUGGGAACAGACUGGUGGCCUGUGGUUCCAUCUGGCAGGGCGUCUGCCAGUUCCUCAGACUGGAGGAUCUCUUCAAACUGGGAGAGCCGCAUCACCGCAAGGAGCAUUACCUGUCCGGAGCCAGAGAGGCCGAUGGGAUGGCAGGUGUGGUUGUUGGUGAGGACGACUGGACGGCCGACCCGAAGAGGAAGAAGCCAGUGAAAGGCAGCAGCCGGCUGUUCAUCGGCGCCGCCAUCGAUGGGAAGUCGGAGUAUUUCCCCACGCUGUCCAGCAGGAAGCUGGUGGCGGAUGAGGAGAGCGUCAACAUGUUCUCGCUGGUUUACCAGGACGAGUUCGUCUCCUCGCAGAUCAAAAUCCCGUCCGACACGCUGUCGCUGUACCCGGCCUUCGACAUCUACUACGUCUACGGAUUCUCCAGCCGAACCUACGUCUACUUCCUGACGCUGCAGCUGGACACGCAGCUGACGCAGAUGGAUGCCGGCGGAGAAAAGUUCUUCACCUCCAAGAUCGUCCGGAUGUGUUCCAACGACACCGAGUUCUACUCCUACGUGGAGUUCCCUCUGGGCUGCACCAAGGACGGCGUCGAGUACCGGCUGGUCCAGGCCGCCUACAAGCAGAAACCGGGGCGGCGGCUGGCCCAGGCGCUUGGCCUGUCCGAAGACGACGACGUCCUGUUCGUGGUCUUCUCUCAGGGUCAGAAGAAUCGCUCCAACCCACCCAGAGAGACGGUGCUUUGCCUGUUCACCCUCCAUGACAUCAACCUGGCCAUGAGGGAGAGGAUCCGGUCCUGUUACCGUGGAGAGGGGCGCCUCUCGUUACCGUGGUUACUCAACAAGGAGCUGCCCUGCAUCCACACGCCGAAGCAGAUCGGAGACGAUUUCUGCGGUUUGGUUCUGAACCAGCCACUGGGAGGCCUCCGGGUCAUCGAGGGGAACCCGCUUUACGAGGACCGGACCGAGGGCAUGGGGGCCGUGGCCGCCUACACCUACGGAGAACAUACGGUGGUGUUUGUGGGGACCCGGAGUGGACAGCUGAAGAAGAUCCGUGUGGAUGGGAUCCUGCCGCCGACCCAGAAUGCUUUUCUGUAUGAGACGGUGACGGUGGUGGAGGGGAAGCCGAUCCUCAGAGACAUGGUGUUCAGCCCCGACCACCAGUACAUCUACCUGCUGAGUGACCGACAGGUCAGCCGGCUGCCAGUGGAGAGCUGUGAACAGUACAGCAGCUGCUCAGACUGUCUGGGAUCAGGAGAUCCUCACUGUGGAUGGUGUGUCCUGUUCAACAAGUGUUCCAGACAGGAAGCGUGCGAUAAGUGGGAGGAGCCUCAGCACUUCAACACCCGCCUGGACCAAUGUGUCGACAUUGCCGUCACCCCUAGCAACAUGUCCGUCACCUCCACGGCAACGCAGCUCACCAUCCGGGUCCAGAAUGUCCCGGCGCUGUCCGGCGGCGUCUCCUGCGUCUUUGAGGACCUCAGCGAGUCGUCCGGCGAGGUUCUGGCGAAGGGCCAGGUGAUGUGCAUGUCGCCGUCGCUCAGAGAUCUGCCGGCCCAGAGUCAGUCCUACGGGGAGAAACGAGUCGUUCAGCUCAGCCUUCGAUCCACCGAAACCGGACACCAGUUCAUCACCACCAGCCUGAUCUACUACAACUGCUCUGUGCUCAACUCGUGUACUUCCUGUGUGAGCAGCGUGUUUCCCUGUCAUUGGUGCAAAUAUCGACACAUUUGUACGAACAACCUGCAGGACUGUUCUUUCCAGGAGGGAAGAGUCAGCGGCAUGGAGGGUUGUCCUCAGAUCCUCCCCACCUCCGACAUCCUGGUUCCGGCCGGGAUGGUCCGUCCGAUCACUCUCAGAGCUCGGAACCUGCCGCAGCCUCAGUCGGGCCAGAAGAACUACGAGUGCGUGUUCAACAUCCAGGGGAAGGUCCAGAGGAUCCCGGCGGUCCGCUUCAACUCGUCCUGCAUCCAGUGUCAGAACACCUCGUAUUGGUACGAAGGCGAUGAAGCCGGCGAUCUUCCCGUGGAUUUUUCCAUCGUCUGGGAUGGAGAUUUCUUCAUCGACAAACCAGCAUCUAUGAAAGCGCUGCUCUAUAAAUGCGAGGCUCAGCGCUCUAGCUGCGGUCAGUGUCUCAAAGCUCCGCCCACCUUUGAAUGCGGUUGGUGCACAGAGAGUCGCAGGUGUCUCCUGCGGCAGCACUGCCCCUCACCUGAGCAGAACUGGAUGCACCACGGCCGACACAACCUGCGCUGCAGCCACCCGCGCAUCACCAGGAUCGACCCUCUGACCGGACCUCGGGAAGGCGGGACUUCGGUCACCAUCGAGGGGGAAAAUCUGGGUCUGCAGGUGAAGGAAAUCACUCACGUCCAGGUGGCUGGCGUCCGCUGCAACCCGGUGCCGUCGCAGUACAUCAGCGCCGAGAGGAUUGUGUGCAACAUGGACGAAGCCCUCCUCCCUCACUCACCUGGCGGUCCGGUGGAACUCUGCAUCGGCGUCUGCAGCGCCGAGUACCGAACCCUUUCCACGCAGACGUACUCCUUCGUGAGCCCCAGUUUCAGCCGUGUUCGCCCAGAGAAGGGGCCUGUUUCUGGGGGAACCAGGCUGACGGUGACGGGUCGACACCUGGACGCCGGCAGCUCCGUCACCGUCUACAUCGACAAGGAGGAGUGUCUGUUUGUCAAACGGACCAAUCGGGAGAUAGUCUGCAUCACCCCCGCCUCCCUGACAGGCUCUGGCCCCGCCCCCAUCCGUCUGAUGAUUGACAGGGCCGAGGUGACGAGCUCCGACACCAAAUACAUCUACACCGAGGACCCGACCAUCACCAGCAUCGAGCCCAACUGGACCAUCCUCAAUGGCAGCACAGUGAUCACAGUAACAGGAACCAAUCUGCUGACCAUCCAGGAGCCCAAAGUCAGAGCCAAAUAUGGAGGCGUGGAAACUAAUAAUUUCUGCACCGUGGUCAAUGACAGCACCAUGACCUGUCUGGCUCCUGGUCUGAUCUACAGUAAACCCAACCCACCAGAGGGGGCGCUGCGUCCAGACGAGUUUGGCUUCAUCUUCGACCAGGUCUCUUCCCUGCUGGUCCUGAACUCCACCCCCUUCGUCCACUACCCGAACCCAACCUUCGAUCCUCUGGGGAACUCUGGGAUCCUGGAGGUCAAACCGGGGUCGCCCAUCAUCCUGAAGGGUAAGAACUUGAUCCCACCAGCGCCCGGAAACAACCGUCUGAACUACACCGUCCUGAUUGGAGAGUCGCCCUGCCUGCUGACCGUGUCAGAGAACCAGCUGCUCUGUGAUUCGCCGGAUCUCACCGGAGAACAGCGAGUUCUGAUCCUGGUUGGUGGUCUGGAGUACUCACCGGGCAUGCUCCACAUCUACUCUGACUCCGCCCUCACGCUGCCCGCCAUCAUCGGCAUCGGGGCGGGCGGCGGCGUGCUGCUCAUCGCCAUCAUCGCCGUGCUUAUCGCCUACAAGAGGAAAACCCGAGACGCCGACCGAACGCUCAAACGGCUGCAGCUGCAGAUGGACAACCUGGAGAGUCGGGUGGCGCUAGAGUGCAAAGAGGCCUUCGCUGAGCUUCAGACAGACAUCCAGGAACUGACCAACGACAUGGACGGGGUGAAGAUUCCUUUCUUGGAGUAUCGGACAUACACCAUGAGGGUGAUGUUCCCGGGAAUCGAGGAGCAUCCCGUCCUGAAGGAGCUGGACUCUCCGGCUAACGUGGAAAAAGCUCUGCGACUCUUCAGCCAGCUGUUGAACAACAAGAUGUUCCUGUUGUCCUUCAUCCACACACUGGAGGCCCAGAGAUCUUUCUCCAUGAGGGACCGCGGCAACGUGGCCUCGCUGCUGAUGGCCGCCCUGCAGGGCCGGAUGGAGUAUGCUACCGUGGUGCUGAAGCAGCUGCUGGCCGACCUGAUCGAGAAGAACCUGGAGAACCGGAACCAUCCCAAGCUGCUGCUGAGGAGGACAGAGUCUGUGGCUGAGAAGAUGCUGACCAACUGGUUCACUUUCCUGCUGCAUCGAUUCCUCAAGGAGUGUGCUGGUGAGCCUCUCUUCAUGCUGUAUUGUGCCAUAAAGCAGCAAAUGGAGAAAGGACCGAUUGACGCCAUCACAGGAGAAGCUCGAUAUUCUCUGAGUGAAGACAAACUGAUCCGGCAGCAGAUCGACUACAAACAGCUGACGCUGAUGUGCAUCCCUCCGGAGGGCGAAGCGGGGACCGAGGUACCGGUGAAGGUGUUGAACUGCGACACGGUGACUCAGGUCAAAGACAAACUGCUGGACGCCGUUUACAAAGGAAUCCCAUUUUCACAGAGACCUCAGGCCGAUGAUAUGGACCUCGAAUGGCGUCAGGGUCGACUGACCAGAAUUAUCCUGCAGGACGAAGACGUGACGACGAAGAUCGAGAGUGACUGGAAGCGACUGAACACUUUGGCUCAUUACCAGGUAACCGACGGUUCGCUGGUGGCGCUGGUCCAGAAGCAGGUUUCUGCCUACAACAUCGCCAACUCCUUCACCUUCACCAGAUCACUGAGCAGAUAUGAGUCUCUACUGAGGACGUCCAGCAGCCCAGACAGCCUGAGAUCCAGAGCCCCGAUGAUCACCCCCGACCAGGAGACAGGAACUAAACUGUGGCACCUGGUGAAGAACCACGAGCACAGCGACCAGAGGGAAGGAGACCGAGGCAGCAAGAUGGUCUCUGAGAUCUACCUGACCCGCCUGCUGGCCACCAAGGGGACGCUGCAGAAGUUUGUGGAUGACCUGUUUGAGACGGUGUUUAGCACCGCCCAUCGCGGCUCUGCGCUCCCAUUGGCUAUCAAAUACAUGUUCGACUUCCUGGACGAGCAGGCCGACAAGCGGCAGAUCAGCGACCCGGACGUCCGACACACCUGGAAGAGCAAUUGCCUUCCUCUCAGGUUCUGGGUCAACGUCAUCAAGAACCCUCAGUUCGUGUUCGACAUCCACAAGAGCAGCAUCACCGACGCCUGCCUGUCGGUCGUCGCUCAGACCUUCAUGGACUCCUGCUCGACGUCCGAACACCGGCUCGGCAAAGACUCACCAUCCAACAAGCUGCUCUACGCUAAAGACAUCCCCAAUUACAAGAGCUGGGUGGAGAGGUACUACAGGGAUAUUGCAAAGAUGCCCAGCAUCAGCGAUCAGGACAUGGACGCCUACCUGGUGGAGCAGUCCCGUCUCCACGGCAACGAGUUCAACACACUGAGCGCGCUCAGUGAGCUCUACUUCUACAUCAACAAAUACAAGGAAGAGAUCCUGACGGCGUUGGACCGGGACGGUUACUGUCGCAAACACAAACUGAGGCACAAACUGGAGCAAGCCAUCAACCUGAUGUCUGGGAGCAGCUGAGAGGAGGCGAAGGACGGAUGGACUGAUGAACCAAUGGACUGAUGGGAGGAUGGAUGGGGGGAUGGGAAGAAGGAUGGGGUAGGGGGACAUAAGGGCAUUUAGUUUACUGAACUGUCUGAACAGUCAGCUGAACUGACAGCUCUGGCUUAGCAAUCAGUCUAUCAGUAAUUUAUUUGCCAGUUGAUGGACUGAUUGAUUUAAAGCAUGGCUGGCUGGCUGGGACCCCGACUACCUCCGUCUGGUGGAUUUUGGGGUAGAAAAUCAGUUUCCAAACCGAUGCGGAUACAUUUGCAACUUCAGCGUGGAAUGGAGUCAUUUUGGAGGCAACAAAGAAAAACAACAAACCUUCUGGAUGCAUCUAUCGGUUUGGAUUUAAUUUCACUGCAGGUAUUAGCAGGGAUCAACGCGAGGGGGACGUGGAAAGACCUGGAAACUACGCAAAGGACUGUGUCAGGUUAACCAAACAAUACAGGAGUAAGCGACCUGACUUCAGGAUUCCCAGAACUUUCUAGAUGUUUGGUUGGAGAGCUAAAGGUCAAGUCAAGUUUCCGUCAAAGCUGCAGACCUUAAGGAUCAAGAAACUUUCUGAUGGUCAGAAGGUUGCAGUAAAGACCUACGCCGAGGCCUCCUGCAGAAGCUCCAAGCCUCUUUACUGAUGUCGUCACUUUGGACCAUUUAUCCUCAUCUUCAACCUUUAGCCUUGUCUGGAAGGAUCUGGGUCUACUUUUAGAAGUUCAGGUCAACUCAAGGGAGCUGGCGAGUCCCUCAUUUGGAAUACCUGACCCGCCUUGAACGUGUUUCGGGAGGCUGUUUCAAGCUUUAAUGAAGGAGAAGGAAGCAAAUAAACUGAUGUCCCAAAAAACUUAUGACUUGAAAUCACUGUUGAAUCUUGAAAGAGGUGGAAUGCAGGUGGACUCGGAGGAAAUAAGGACUCGCUGAGCCGAGACUUGACCUUGAACUGUUCGGCCUCAUCAGAAUCCAGACGUUUCUAAGAUGCUGUUUUAAAGAACCUCUCAAAGUUUUUCUCUGGACAAUCACUCUGUACCACAGCACACUGAGCCCGAUGCCUACUGACCGACCAGUACCUGUGUCCAUAACCCACCCGGCCUCCAGUUUCCUCUCCUUUCCUUCUGUCUUUGCUUGACCUUUUCCCUUCUGCAUCUCCUUUCCUUGUUUCCUCUUUCACCCCACCUUCGAUUCCUCCUCCUCCUCGACCCUGCUCCGUCAUUGGUCAAUCGUGCUAUUGGCCAGGAAGACUCUUUAGUAAUGUACUGCCCGACCAAUCAAGACUGUGGAAUUCACCAGAAUUGUGAAUGAUUAACUAGAAGUAAAUAGAAACAAAUAUAGAGUUACGUUUUGAAUACAUUCCAGCACAGGCACACAGGCAAGAUCUGUAAAUAUGUAUGUUGAAUUUUUCAGAAGUGAAAAACUCUCAAAAGUGGACUACCCGGCAUUUUUCAGGACCAGAACACCCUAGAGACGGGGUUCUGGAUUCAGCACUAGUCUGCAAACGUUGGCGCUGUUGCUGCAGUGUUUAUCGUCCGACCUUGCACAUACGCCCACAUACAGCCAUGCUUUACAGCGCCAUGCUAACCGUGCCCAGGGGGAAAUACUGUGCAGAGCUACAAGCCCAGUGCCAUGUAAAGACCGGACCGGAUCACAUCAGAACUGGACCGGACUCGGACCAAAUCCGGAUCGAAAACAACCCGGAACAGAGGUUUAACCGGACCGGACUCAAAAACUUUUAAGACUUGUGGCCAUAAUUGUAAGCAACAAAAAAAAGAAAGAUAAUAAUAAUAAUGAUUACAAAGUAUAAAAAAAGAAUACAAAAGAAAGGAAAAAAUAUGUUAACAUGUAAUAAGAACUUUGUGGAUUUGACGGUAUGGAUUUUAGGGAGCUGAACUUGUAUAAAGCUGAACGUUAUGCUACAUCAGAGUGUGGGGAAGGAAAGAGAGCCAGAAGACGGAUCGACAUCUGACCAAACCAGCCGCAUCUUCACAGCAUCGGAUCGGACUGAAACAAACGAGGCUUUCAGAUCUGCAUGUGGAGAACUAGAUGGACAUUUUGGUACUUUUAUUUGCCAGCUGGAUGUUUGAACAGAAGAGGAGAGUUGGGUGGAGGUUUGGGUGGAGUUCGGAGGGUUCAGGUUGUUUUGAAUGUAGCUCCAGCAGCUACAUCCAGAAGGAGAAUGAGGGAUUCUGCACUGUCAUGAUAAUUAGCUAAAGUUACGCCCGUAAACAAUGAUUGGACCAACUGUGAAACCAAAACACCAAACCCAGUGUGAAAGAUUCCUGUUCUCUGCAGACCUGAACCCUCCCAAACAUCUGAUUUCUGUGGUAGAAUAUUUUCACUUCACAUAACUGGCUUGUAGAUAUUGUUCAGAAGUUCAUUUUUCAGCCUACCGUUUGUCCAAACUGAAGUUUUGUAGGGCUAUUUAACCUUUUGAAGAAUGUGCACCGUCGUUUUUAGUUCCCAAGCAUUUUUUUUAUUUCUCCAAUGAGCUCAGAUUGAGGAAAACGUCCAUUUGUGAUGGCACUGAAUCUUUUGAUAGUUUGGACCACGACGGAUCCAACAGUUGGAAGGCUGGGUUUGGAAAUGGAAAUGCCUCGUCGCAUUCUGGAACUGUCUAGUCUUUCGAUCCAGGUUCUGGUACUAGAACUAGUUCUGUUCUGGAUCCAUGGAACCACUCAUUUCCACCAGUCUGGAGCAGAAGCAGGACUAAAACAAGAUGGUUGAUCGUGUUCUUUACCUACAAAUAGAUCAUUGUUUCCAUUCACCGUGGUUCAGGCUUUAGGUUCUUGUAUUUCAUGGUUACCAACAUCAAGCAACUUCACAGGUUCUCAACCACUUUUUAAAAUAUUUUUUAUUGGAAAUUCACAAAUGAGAACCAAUUUUGUGUUGGUGGAAACACAGCUGACAAGCAGUCGCCAUGAAUGGGACUGUAGACUGUAGAUUGUAGAUCUCCACCUGUUUGGUACCGGCAGGUGAACUACCUGUAAUAUCUUCAAUUUCAAAGACUUCCUGUUCCCAUUUUUAAUGAGGAUGAUGAGUUGAACUGCUUUCUAGAUGUUCCUCAGCAGAAACUGUGGAGCACUGAUUGGUUUAUUAAUCCAACGGCAGGAUGAAAUGGAACCAUCUCUAUGUAGAAACCCGUACAGCCGGUGUUUGACUGAAAAUGUUCUGCCACAUGAAGCGUCUCUCUUUUGGCUCUCUGUGAUGCCAUAAAGCUACAAAGCACUUUUUUUUUCUUUCUUGCUGAUGUUUCACUGUCAUUUGAAUUUUUGGGGCCAAAAGGACCUGAGUGAGGAAGGAUGGUGGGAGGAAGAGGAGGAGGAAAGGUCCUGAUAAAAGACUGCCUUUUAGAUGAUUAAUUAUAGAAGAGGGAGGGAAGCCACUACAUACCAAUACCACUGUUCAUCCUCGCUGUGUGUCUGUUUUGCUGCUGCUGCAGUGGAAACUCAGCCGUUAAAUCGCUGAUCGUAUCUGCAGCUCAAUUAAAAAUCUUUCUCUGUACAGUCGCACUGUUUAAAUCGUCCGAUCUUUAUCUCCCACGCUUUUGAAAUCUCAGAUCCUAUCUCGUUUUAUUUUUUAUUUAAAUCAGAUCCUCAGAUCGCCCUUUAAACUCAAAGUUGUGUUUAAUUGUGUCCUCGUCGCCAUUUUGAUCAGAAUUUACCUCUGAUGGCGUGAGAAGGGAAAAGACGAGGAAACUCGUUCUACAUGCUGAAGGCUUCCUAAAGGUGAGGAAGGAGGAGAGCGGGACCUGGUUUUCUUCAAAUGCAAAGAGGAGAAAUAAAUGUUAGAGGAUGAGAAGAGGAGGUCAGAAUGUGUGUUUGCAUGCUAAAGCGAGAGGAGGGAUGGAGGAUACGCUGCUGGAAUACUGAGGAGGAGGAGAAGGAGCGUCAUCCAUCAAACCGCCAAGAGAGAAGCUUCCAGACCAAUGUGAAAACAUCAGAAACAUGUCGGUGGAUGGAAGGCAGCGGUUUGAGGGUAGAAAUAACCGAUGAUGAUGAUGAAGAAGAAGGGCAGCUGUCUGCUUUUCAUUCUACAGGAACACGAUCUUAGUCUGGAGGACGUGUUUGAACGUUCAUGCAGGUAGUUCCUGAUUUAGUGAUGCCUUCAAAUGGAAUCCAGAUAAUCCGUCACGUCAACACAUUCAUCGUCUAUGCAACAUUUUCUGGUCGCAUUGUUUGGAGAUGUUUCCAGCUUCUCAUUUGCAUAAAGUUCAAGUCUAAACUAGUUUAUGUAAAUCAGAGGCAACCUCUAAUACGAACUUUUAAUCUAAGCGUUUUCGAAAUCCAGAUUCAGAAGUUCCUUUUUCACCUCAGAUGUUCUAGAAAGCGCAUUUUUCAUAAAAUCUUGAAAUAAGUUUCAAAGCAAACCGCCAUGUUGGUUUGAAAUCGAGGAGUAGGAUGUGCUGGCAAGCACCUGUCAGUCAUCUUUCGUGGCCCCGCCCAGUCGAACGUCAAUCGGUCGUCCAACACUUCCUGUUUAAAAACACCGCUGUGGUCUCAAACCAUGAGACGCCACAACAUGCAGGAACUUUCAGGUUAUUUUGAGACAUUUGCUUUUUUCCAACCUAAAGAACCAAACAUGUAGAAUCUCUUUAAGGAUCGUCGUCAGGAUCCUGAUGUGAAAACAAUAAACACAUUAGAAACCAGCGUCAAAAAUUAUUUAAUGACCAUUUUAACUUUUAAAAACUUUCUAAUUAUUUCUGCCAUUUGUUAGCAUUAGCACCAACCCUUUAAAUGACGCUAAACUCUUAUCAGUGUGACGUCCACCGUAGACAGGCCUCGGUCUAAUGAAAGAGAAAAUCGAAUAAAAGAAAGGAUGAUAUAGGAACCUUUAUGAUAACGUCUAAAUUUAACGUUCGGUUGUUUUCCCACUGUGGCAGCAAGUGUGUGUGCACAUUUUACCAUCAUUUCCAUCCUCUGAACACACACACACACUCAGCUGGGAGGAGGCAACACAGACUGAAGAGGCCAGUGGGAGGGCCCGGUCUAAUUCCUGAAACAAUAAAAACAGGGAUUGGAUUGAUACCUCGUUUUUAGCUGCAUCCGUCCACACAGCGUUUAACGAGCUCCAGCGGUGAGAUAUAUUUAUUGUUUUCUUUUAAUUUAUUUUUUAUGAUGGCUUUUUAUUUAUUUUGGGAGGAUGUACACAGUUGUAUCAGUUUGUACAGCGUUAAAGAGAAGGAGGAGCUGCACAGACACAUGUUAACAUGUCCUUUUACAUCCAUGUACGACUGUGAAACGACCACCAGAACCUCACCAAGUUAUCCUUCUAAACAACACAUCAAACUGGUUUAAUGUUCCUUCUGAUCGUCCAGUUUUGGACCAAUGAGACGCAGAAUUACGUGUUUAAAAAAUGUGUAGAAAAUCUGAGAAAUGUGAGGAAUGGUUGAGGUUUUGGUCGUUUCCCAUCGUUCACGUCAUCAAAUUCAUCCAUGUGUGCGAUUCCUCCGAGCCUGGAGGUCGACUGAUCGAUGGAUUUGACUGGUCAGACUCACUUCAUUCAUCCAGUCUGAGGAGUCGUAUGAACUGUAGAAAUUGUUCGGUUCUUCAUCCAGACGAUGUUUUCCAGGAGUUCAAAAGCAGAGAGGGGAUCAGGGAAAGACAUCAGCAGGGAAACAGACCAUCCCAGUCAAUGGGCCAAAUUCUGAUCUCUGUUGGUAAAAAGUGGAAUCUCCCAGUUUAAAGUCGAGUUUUUGUACUACUACCAAACAAACGUUCUCUCAGUGGAUGUUAUUUCUGGGAAUCUUCCAUUUGGAGCCAGUACUUCUGUUGAUUUACCCUCCAUAGUGGACUGGCAGCUGAUCUGCUGCUGGUGUGAAAUGGAUUUUUUGAAAAUCCUGUUGGGCAAAAUGACAGUUAUUUUUCCAUUAUUUGGGAAAAUCCAUUUAUAACCAGCAAUAGCGACCAAAGGAAGCUUCUGAAAUUGGGCAAUUUUAAUAUCAAAUCAUUGAGAAAUGAGUGGUUGUCAGUUAGUACGAAAAGGAUUUUUAAAGGAAUGUUUAGAUGACAAUAAUUAUAGGUUACAUUAACGUGAUCUUGGCAGUUAAACCUGGAAAAUGUUGCAUAAAUAUGAGAACUUCAGAAGCAUUUUAUCGUGAUCUCCCAUUGAAUCAGUUAAAUCAGUGGAAAAUUAUUCACCACCAUCAGCUAUGAAAUGGAUUUUUGAAGAAAAUGAAAAUAUGGAAAUGUGUAAUAUGUACAUUGAAUUUUCAUUGAAAAUCAAUCUUUCCUUGAUUUUGAAUGACAAAUUAGACAUUUUUAUCAAUUAUUAUUAACCAGUUUUGUUUGUUGGAGGUAAAUUGUACAUUCAUAACUGGUGGGAUCUCUCACUGACUUCUAUAGAAAUCAGAAAGUUCCAUUUUAUAUGAACAGGAGAUGAAAUUUAGAAGUUGCUUCCCUGCUGAAAACAUUUGCACUGACCUCCUAUUGGAAACCAAUGGGAGCCAACUGACCCCGCCUCAUUAAGCCCCUCCCACCCUGCAGACUCCUGUCAGAUGGUUGGCUGACCGACAGCGAAUCCCAGCGGGCGUCAUUGUACCAUAGCAGCAGCGAAUCACUGGACUCCUCGCCGUGUUGGACGUGGAGUAGGAUGUCUUUAUUGUAUCAUAAUAUGAUUAUUAUUACUACGAUUAUAAUUAUUAUUAAUAUUCUGAGCGGGCGCCUCUCAGCCACCGUAGUGUCAGGACCCAAUUAUCUGUAAGCACUUUUCUGAACAGAGAUUUUAAAAACAUCCAAAAAGGUCCUUGUUGGGGUCCCUGAGCCGCUGGUUGAGAAGCGGCGCUCACGCUGGAUCUUGUGUCUUAGUUCCGGAUGGGAUUGUUCAUUCAGGCGGCACUGCAGGUGUCGGGUCGCGAGGCUGUAAUGUCACAAAUUAAUGUUAAAAAACGGCCGCAUCAGUUCAGGUGUUUCAGAUUUGUCCGAGUUUUAUUUGUUCAUGAAGGAACAUCCCAGAGGGAGUCGGCAGCAGUUAGAGGUUCAGACUUGACAACAUAAAUAACCAGCCAAGCAUGUUGACGGUUUAAAGAAUUUACAAAACCACCAUGAUAGCUGAAAGAUAAAAUGAGCUAAAAACAAGUUCAAACUCAGCUUUUCCACCAAUACGGCAAGAUAAAGAUUGUUUUUUUUUUUAAGUCAUUGGCUGUUUACCUACAGAUUGAAAAACACAUCGUCGGCUAGUAGUUAGCUGCUAGCUAGCAUUAGCAGGUUUACGUAAGGUGAUGUUGUCAUAUUCGGAUCCUUACUUUCAUUUCACUAAAAGCUCCGUUGUGCUUCAGUAAAAUUCACCAUUUGUAGUAUUUCUGGUCACUAACUACCACAGAACAGGAUCAACAAAAGAGCUUCACCGCUAAACAGCUGUUUGAUUCAGAGCACAGUGCUGUUAGCGCCACCCUACUGAGAAAUGUAGCUGUACUUGUAGCGACAACACUUUCUAAUACUGUUAGCUAGCACCACUAUUACCACAAAACUACUCAGAAAUGUAGUUAAACUAAGAAUGCUAUUUGUACCGAAACUGCUGCACAACACUGUUAGCUAGCUAGCUAGCACCAUUACAGUUAAGCUAGUAACACUGCUGCUGGUAACAAAACCACUGCCUGGCACUGAUAGCAUGCUAGCACUGUUAUUACCACUGAGGAAUGUAGUUAAACUGGUGAGAACCAUUUUACUUUACAGAACCGUCUGUAGUUCUACAAGUUGUAAUGUUACUGGUUUUACUACAUUUAGUUGUAGCUAAACUACCAGUCAAAAGUUUGGACACAUCUUCUCAUUCAAUAGUUUUUAUCUAAUUACUUCCUACAUUGUAUAUUAAUACUGUAGACAUCAAAACUGUAGAAGAAUACAUGUGCAAUUAUGUUGUAAACAAAACACUGUUAAUCUUCAGUAUUAAUCUAAAAUGUAGAAAGUAAUUAAAUAAAAACCAUUGAAUGAGGUGUGUCCAAACUUUUGACUGGUAGUGUACGUGUAAUUAAACCAGUAAGUACUUCUACUUGUAGCGACACCAUUGCCAUCAUUACAUCUAAAUAUAUGACAACUCUUCAUGCUACAAAUACCAGCAAAUAAAGGUCAUAUCGUGGAAAGAGAACAAAUAAAACAAUAAAAUAGAAACGUUGAAGAAUGUCCUGACAGCAGAGCCUCGACCAGCUGACUUUCUUUUUUUGUUGAAUAAAGAAUCUGAUUCUCGUAAAUAAAAAUGUGAUGCUCAGAUCCUCUCGACUCGCUGCCCUUUGCUCUGCAGUGCCGCCGUUCAUCACUCUGGCUGGAAAAACUUUAUUUCCUUUGUUUUCACUGAAAACGCAGAAACACGUCGCCUUGAUACUUUCCAGGACGUAGUCAGGGCCCAUUUUUUGAUACCAUUUGCCAUUGCCUUGUUUUUAUUUUUUUAUUUUUGCUGAGUUAAAAUGUAAUGAUGAUGAUGAUGAUGAUGAUGAAUCUUUCAUGUAAUAGCCUGUGUCAGUUUUUAUAUCAUUGCCAUUGCCUUCUGCUGAGUUUGUAUAUUUGUGUGAUUUCACUAAAGUGUAAUGGAAAAGUUGGA